CUUUUGACGUUUCACGCAUGAAAAUUUAACAGUCAUUAAUCUCAGCAAGAAUCACAAAAUUUUCGUAUAGUGUGAAAUAGAAAAUGCAAUGUAAGAAGAAAUACCAUCUAAUCACAUAAUUUCAUAUAUCAUGGAUCAUACCAUUCAUUGGGCUACCGUAGCAAAAUGCAGUCUCUGCGGAAAUAUUCCAGAGUGUGCACCAUUAUUUCAGUGUUCUUUACAACAUCCUUACUGUUAUGAUUGUCUUGCCGAUCUUAAGAAAAGAUAUAAAGGCUCAAUAAAAGGAGGUGCAACCUGUAUCAUUUGUAAACGAUCAGGAGUGUUUCAACCAAGUCCAAACAUAAACAAUCAUUUUUUAAAGAAAGUCAAAGCAAGACCUGGAAUUGGAAGGCACUGCAGAUACCACACCACACCCACUCCUGCUGUAAAUGCCCUGAAUGGUUUAUGGAUAGCAUAA